AUGUCCAAGCCCAACGACGUGGACUUUCAGUUCAUCGAGACGCCCAAGGCAGCGGCCCCGGGCUCUGAUAAGCGCGAAGACUGUGGUGUUCGCACGACUGAGCGUCCUGCGAUCAAGAAUGCCCCCCUCCCUGCCGACGGUCCCGGUUCCGACCAUUUCAACAACUAUGUGCUCGCGGGUGUCAUGAUCCUUGUGCCCUACUACAUGAAGUACAAGGUUGGCGGUGGCUUGAAGACCUUCAUCUUCUUUGCUCUGGUCGUCGACCUCCCUCUCCUUGCUGGCUGGUGGCUGCUCGUGUCUUCCAUCAGCCCUCGCAAGACCGACAAGGCUGCCCUGCCCAACCGUGGCGUUGAGCACUACCUCGAGUUCAAGAAGGAGUCCGACCGUGCCAAGUUCCGUGGUCAGAACAAGGUCCCCAUGGGCGACUUUUACGAGAUGUACUUUGACGGCGAGGUGGACUUCAAGGGCGACGCCCUUGAGAUCCUCGAAUACCGCCACGACUGGGCCAGCUUCCGCUUCACCAUUGGUCUCAUCAAGUUCUUCCUCACCGGUACCCUCCCCGACGUGAUCUGGCGCCACCAGCGAUCCGACGACGAGACCCAGGUUCGCGACCACUACGACCGUGGUGAUGACUUUUACGGAUGGUUCCUCGGCCCGCGCAUGAUCUACACUUGCGGUAUCAUUUCCGACCCCGACGUGGAGGAGACUCUUGAGGAGCUCCAGGACAACAAGCUUGCUGUUGUCUGCGAGAAGCUCGGUCUGCAAAAGGGCGACAAGAUGCUCGACAUUGGCUGUGGCUGGGGCGCCCUGGUCCGCUACGCCAGCGAGAACUACGGAGCCUCUGCCACCGGUGUCACCCUGGGUCGCAACCAGACUGCCUGGGGCAACUCUGCGCUCAAGAAGGCCGGCAUCCCUGAGGACCAGAGCAAGAUUGUCUGCAUGGACUAUCGCGAUAUCGAGGUGCCCGAGGGCGGUUUCAACAAGAUCACCGCUCUCGAGAUGUCGGAGCACGUUGGUGUUCGCCACUUCCACAAGUUCCUCAAGGGUAUUUACGACAUGCUCGACGACGAUGGUGUCUUCUUCAUGCAGUACGCUGGUAUCCGUAAGCCAUGGCAAUACGAAGAUCUCAUCUGGGGUCUUUUCAUGAACAAGUACGUCUUCCCCGGUGCCGACGCCUCUACUCCUCUCGGAUGGACCAUCGACAAGCUGGAGGGCGCCGGUUUCGAGGUCAAGGCUGUGGACACCAUCGGCGUGCACUACUCGGCCACUCUUUGGAGGUGGUACCGCAACUGGCUCGGCAACCGCGACAAUGUCGAGGCCAAGUACGGCAAGCGCUGGUUCCGCAUCUGGGAAUACUUCCUCGCCUCUUCCGUCAUUGCUUCCCGCCAGGGCAGCGCCACUUGCUUCCAGAUUACUCUGGUCAAGAACAUCAACUCGACUCACCGCGUGGAUGGCAUUGAGACUCAAUUCGGACUGGAGGGCGCUCUGAACAACGCCAGGUCCAAGGGCAAGCAGGACACUUGGGCUACCAAGAACAACGUGAAGACUCCUGCGGAGCUCUUCGCUUAG